AUGAAUGGAAAAUGCGAAUUCAGCCCCGACGAGGGCUGGAAUGCUGGGAUACCAUUCCGUCAUUUACCAUGGGCUACUAAGCGCCAGGCGGACGGAGCAUCAGUGAAAGCAGUUACGAUGCAGGGCUCGCCGUACUUACGCCGCGAGGCAAGUUGGCGUCGUUUAAGCGUAACGCUCGGCACGGGGCCAAGCGUUAAGUCGGUAGAUGUGGUGAAAGUGCUCACCGUGUAUGGCGGCACGAGUAUGGAGUACAAGCAGCUCGACAUCCCACCCCCUUUCUCUAAGGUAUCCGGGGACGCUGACAAGAGCGUGGAGGAGGGCGAGGAGGGUAUCCUAACAAUGGGCCUGCUCUACGACCUGCUAGCCUCGGGCAUAGGCCACAUGGGCCAAAUAACGACGAGUUGGCAGUUCCUACCCGGCAGCCGGCUGUGCAGCUACAACGACUGGCAGAAGCUGCGACUCCAGAGCCGAUACCCGGAUGUCAGGCGGAUCAAGGAGCUAUUUGUUCAAGAUAAUGAGAGCGCGGUGUUCGCUACCAACCAAACCAACCAAACCAACCAAACGAGCAAGUACGAUGCUAUCCCGGGUCCCCUUGGUCUUGCAUCUGCUUCUCUCGAGGGCAAGGUAGCUCUUGUUACCGGUGCUGGGCGCGGUAUUGGUCGGGAGAUGGCUCUUGAACUUGGACGCCGCGGCGCCAAGGUCAUCGUUAACUACGCCAACAGCACGCAGUCAGCUGAGGAGGUCGUACAAGCUAUCAAGAAGGGUGGCUCCGACGCCAUAGCGAUUAAGGCCAACGUGUCCGACGUGGACCAAAUCGUGCAACUUUUCGACCAAGCCGUCAAGGUCUGGGGUAAGCUCAACAUCGUAUGCUCUAAUAGCGGUGUCGUAUCUUUCGGUCACGUCAAGGAUGUCACUCCGGAAGAGUUCGAUCGUGUAUUCACUGUCAACACUCGAGGACAAUUCUUCGUCGCGCGUGAGGCCCACAAGCACCUCGAGGUCGGCGGUCGCCUCAUCCUGAUGGGCAGCAUCACGGGUCAGGCUAAGGGUGUCCCGAAGCACGCGGUUUACUCAGGCAGCAAGGGCGCUAUCGAGACCUUCGUCCGCUGCAUGGCCGUCGACUUUGGCGACAAGAAGAUCACGGUCAACGCCAUCGCGCCCGGUGGCAUCAAGACCGAUAUGUACCAAGCUGUAUGCCGAGAGUACAUCCCCGGUGGCGACAAACUGAGUGACUCGGAUGUUGACGAGUACGCCGCCACGUGGUCGCCUCUCGGCCGUGUUGGCCUUCCCAUCGAUAUCGCCCGUGUUGUCUGCUUCUUAGCAUCCCAAGACGGCGAGUGGGUAAACGGCAAGGUCAUCGGUAUUGACGGCCAUGCCAUGAUGUAA